ACAGUAGUGUCCACCUCCACCAACCACUGCUGCGUUCUCUCUCUCUCUUUUUCUGUCUUUUUUCCAUUACAUUUUCCUCCUCCCCAAACAACAGACGGACCCUCCCGCUUUGGGUUUCCCCAUCCCGCUCUCACUUGUCCCAUCAUUCCUUUCUCCUCCAAUUUUCUCUCCCUGGUAAGAAAUUCAAAUCCCACCUCCUCUUCUCUCUCAAUUUCCCAUCCUUCCCUUCAAUUUUCUCAGUUCACUGCUCUGUAGUCUGUAACACAAACCAGGAUUAGGGUUGUGUGUGUGUGUGUGUUUUUUUUUUUUUUUUUACUUGGAAUGCAAUUUGAUUAGUUCUUGUUUUUUCUGUUUUAGAUUUUUUUUGAUGGUGAAAUUGUAAAGCUAGAGCUUUUCUUGAAAUGAUUUACUCUGUUUCAUUAGGGUGGUUGUUUUGUCUAUAUACCUAGAAACCAAACUUUGAGUAAUUUAGAAGGGUAAUUGAAAUGUCGCCGGAAGGGGCGAAUUUAGGUAGUGAUGGAGCAGAAUACUCGUUUGCCAUGGAGUACCAUGGCCCACCUAUUACCCAUGAUAUUCCCCGAGCUGUUCCUAUCAAAAUGGGGAGGAUUCCGGUGGCUACGGUGGUUGCCCAAGUCCCGUUCUCCGACAAGUUGUCAUUGUUGCCGGUUGUCCAGCCAAUAUCUGCGCCUGAUAUUACUAAAAAGUUUUCAAAAGAGUUAAAACUAAGUUCUGAAUCCACUGUUUCUCCCACAUCUGUGAUAGCCUUUGAGCGGGGAAAUAGUGAGGGUGAUGAAUCAAAAGAAUUAGCUGUAGGAUGUGAAACAAUUGUUUCUCCAACUUCUGUGAUUGCAUUUGAGGAGGGAGUUGCAAAUAAUGGUGAUUUUGCCAUGUCAGGUGAAUUAAGUAGCCCGGGUACUUUAGAUUUCCAAAAUAGGGAUGACGGCUCUGGAGAGUUUUCUGAUGUGAUUCAAAGUUUGACCGGGCUAGCACUGGGCUCUUCAUCUGAUAGUCAUGAACAUUCACAUGAGAUAUUAGGCACCGCAGGAAGCUCAGGGACAUUGGAAUUUUUGGAUAGUUUUGAUAAAACAAGGGAGUUAUCGGGAAGCUCAACUUCACAGAGGGUUUCAAAUGGUUGCAAGGAUAGUUUAGAUCUUAAUGAUUCCAACCAGCUGGAUUGGGUUUCAAGCGAGUCAGUGUUGAGCUUGGAUCAUCCGUCUUCUCGGGUUUCUUCUCCUAGGAUUGAGGAUGGCAACAAUGGACCUGCUUGUGAUGUAAGACGGACUCCGGUUGUAACUUUUCGUGAUGUUGAAUCAGAUGAGGGAGAUUUGGGUGAGGAAUCAAGUCGUUCUGAACCUGAAGUUUACAGAGCAAAAAGAGAACCUGAGGUUAAGGCAAGGAAGGGAGCAUGCUAUCGAUGCUCGAAAGGAAACAAGUUCACUGAAAAGGAAGCCUGUAUUGUUUGUGAUGCUAAGUAUUGUAGUAAUUGUGUGCUCAGAGCAAUGGGGUCUAUGCCGGAAGGAAGAAAGUGUGUUACAUGCAUUGGAUAUCCUAUUGAUGAGUCAAAGAGAGGGACCUUGGGGAAAUGUUCUCGAAUGCUCAAGAGACUGCUCAAUGACUUGGAAAUUCGACAAAUAUUGCAGGCUGAAAAGUUUUGUGAAGUUAAUCAAUUGCCACCAGAGUAUGUUUUUGUGAAUGGUAAGCCUCUCUAUCAAGAGGAGCUGGCUGUAUUGCAGAGUUGCCCAAACCCACCAAAGAAGCUGAAACCAGGACAUUAUUGGUAUGAUAAAGUUUCUGGUCUUUGGGGAAAGGAAGGACAGAAGCCUUGCAAAAUUAUUAGCGCCCAUCUGAAUGUUGGGGGUCCCAUCAAGGCAGAUGCAAGCAAUGGAAACACACAAGUUUUUAUAAAUGGUCGGGAGAUCACAAAAGUAGAGCUACGGAUGUUACAGCUGGCAGGGGUCCAAUGUGCUGGAAACCCACACUUUUGGGUGAACGAGGAUGGUUCAUACCAGGAAGAGGGACAGAAAAAUACAAGAGGGUAUAUCUGGGGUAAGGCUGGUACAAAGCUGGUUUGUGCUGUACUAUCCCUUCCUGUUCCUUCCAAGUCUGCAAAUCCUUGUGGAGAACAAGUGAAUAAUCUGGUUAGCCGAGCUGUGCCUGACUACACUGAGCAGAGAACCCUUCAAAAACUUCUUUUAAUUGGAUACAGUGGGUCUGGGACGAGUACUAUAUUUAAGCAGGCCAAGAUCCUUUAUAAAGAUGUCCCUUUCUCGAAAGAUGAACGUGAGAAUAUCAAAUUACUGAUCCAAAGCAAUGUGUAUGGCUACCUUGGUAUACUCCUUGAGGGCCGUGAGCGUUUUGAGGAUGAAAGUUUGAAUGAAGCAAGGAAAAAUCAGUUUUCUGAUGAAUCUGGUUCCUCAGGGAAUAGUGAUGUGAAUGAUGGCAAAACUAUGUAUUCCAUCUGCCCAAGUUUGAAAGCAUUCUCUGAUUGGUUUCUCAAAGUUAUGGUAUCGGGUAAUUUGGAAGCAAUUUUCCCAGCUGCUACUCGGGAAUAUGCACCAUUAGUUCAGGAGUUGUGGAACAAUUCAGCCAUUCAGGCGACUUACAGCCGGAGAAGUGAGUUGGAAUUGCUACCUAGUGUUGCUAGUUAUUUCUUAAAGCGGGCAGAUGAUAUAUUGAGACUAGACUAUGAACCUUCAGAUGUGGAUAUCAUAUUCGCUGAGGGUGUUACAUCAUCCAAUGGGCUUGCUUGUUUGGAUUUCUCAUUUCCCCAGCCAGCACAUGACAUCGACAUUGACACCGCUGAUCAGCUUGAUUCUCUGCUCAGAUACCAACUAAUUAGAGUGCAAGCCAGAGGGUUUGUGGAGAGCUGCAAGUGGUUAGAAAUGUUUGAAGAUGUUCAAAUAGUCAUUUUCUGUGUUGCCCUGAGUGACUAUGACCAGUACACUAUUGAUGGAGAUGGAACUCUGGUGAAUAAGAUGUUACUAACCAAGAAAUUCUUCGAGACCAUUGUUACUCAUCCAACCUUCGAUCAGAUGGACUUCCUUCUGAUACUCAACAAAUUUGAUCUGUUUGAAGAGAAGAUGGAACGGGUUCCUCUGACACAAUGUGACUGGUUUGAUGAUUUUGAUCCAGUGAUGAGCUGUCAUAGCUCCACCAUCAACAGCAGCAAUAGUCCCUCAUUCAGCCAGCUGGCUUUUCAUUAUAUUGCAGUUAAGUUCAAGAGGCUUUAUUCAUCUCUCACUGAUCGGAAGUUGUAUGUUGCUUCGGUAAAGGGUUUGGAUCCUGAAAGUGUUGAUGAAACUGUUAAAUAUGCAAGUGAGAUUCUGAAGUGGAAUGAAGAGAGACCCAACUUCAGUUUGAGUGAGUACUCAAUUUACAGCACCGAGGCAAGCUCUUUCUCUCAUUGAUGACAACAUCAUACAGACUUGUAAAUGGACUAAUCCUAUUAACAAUCAUCAUUGUUUGUGUACAUAGAAGGGUGUGUAAAUGAACUACAGAAGGGAGGUUUAAUCGUGGGAUAAUGAGCUGCUUUGUUUUUUUUUUUGUGGGUAUUUUCCUGUGUAAACAAGUCAAUUCUUGCGAUAUUUGCUUUUCUAAUGUAAAAUCGUGGAACGAAGAGAGAAAUAUCCGUGUUUUGUGACGGUAUAAAUGCAACUGUAUUAACUUUCCUCCA